AUGACCCCAGCCGCCAAAGCCGUCCUGGAGACCUACGAGCUCCUCGAGCAGAUCCUCCUCCAUCUCCCCAGCACCUUCGGCACAAGCGAGCGUUCCCAUCUGCGCACAUGCCAACAAGUCUGCCGAUACUGGAGAGACAUCAUCGACGACUCCACUGCUCUACACAAUGAACUGCAAUUCGAUCGAUGGGGUCCCAUAGCCUCGCUAUCGACGCCCUUCUGUCGCGCGUACAGGGUCCGGCUUCGGGAAGAAAGUGUUCGCAACGCUGGGCGGGUUCGGCUCGAAGAGGCUUUGUUCCGGAUUGAAGGGGGUGUUGGGGAGGUUGAGACGAUGGAGGUUGAGACGAUGGAGGUAGGGACGAUGGAGGCGAACAUGAGAAGGCAUCGCUUGGAGAGUGCUGGGGGGAGAGUUGUUCCUAAGAUCAGGGUGGGGAAGAAGUGGUGGAGGGCGAAGCGGGCUAGGGAGUGA